AUGUUGUACCUUAUCGGUCUAGGUUUGUCGCAUGCUACUGACAUUACAGUGAGAGGUUUGGAAGUGGUGAAAAGGUGUAAACGUGUGUAUCUGGAAGCAUACACAUCCAUUCUUAUGGCAGCUGAUAAAGAGUCGCUGGAGGAAUUUUAUGGAAGAGAUGUGAUUCUUGCUGACAGAGAGCUAGUUGAAAGUGGAUCAGAUCAGAUUUUGGACAAUGCCCAAGAAGACGAUAUUGCUUUUCUUGUGGUUGGAGACGUUUUUGGUGCCACAACACACACUGACCUGGUGAUAAGAGCCAGGGAACUGGGUAUCAAGGUGGAAGCGAUUCACAAUGCCUCAGUGAUGAAUGCAGUCGGAGCAUGUGGGCUCCAGCUUUACACAUUUGGACAGGCAGUCUCUAUUGUCUUUUUCACCGAGAACUGGAGACCAGACUCAUUUUACGAUAAAAUAAUGGAGAACAGAAAGAUUGGACUGCACACCCUUCUCUUGCUAGACAUCAAAGUGAAGGAACCUAAUUACGAUGAAUUGAUGAAAGGAAGACUUGUUUAUGAGCCUCCUAGAUAUAUGUCAGUGGCCACAUGCUGUCAACAAUUGCUGGAAGUUGAAGAGAAGAGAAAAGAGAGAGCAUAUACUCCACAGACUCCUUGCGUUGCCGUGUCACGUUUAGGGUCUCCAACACAAUCCUUCAAAGCUGCGACCCUUCAAGAACUUGCAGACUACGAUGCUGGUGAGCCACUUCACUCCGUUGUGAUGCUCGGAAGCCAAGUUCAUGAACUCGAAUUGGAAUAUUUGUUGGAAUUUGCAGACAACAAGGACGCCUAUAGAGCAGCUGUUGCAGCCGACCAGGAACUUUUUGCUAAAAACUGA